AGCAACGAGAAGCUGACCGAAAAAAUCGUGUGCUCAAAAAUUCGUUGAAAAACACUAGCAAUUUUCUUUAGCGCGUGUCAAAACCAAGUAGGUACAGUAUACCAUGAACCAAAAUUAUACUUGACAAAGAGCAAAUUUUUAUUUUUUUGAUCAAAGCACAAAAAAAAAAAACCAUGUCCGGCCGCGUCCACCAGCUGAAGUUGGCGAAUUUCAAGUCCUACGAAAAGCCCACCAACAUCGGCCCCUUCCUGGACUUCACCUGUGUGAUUGGCCCCAACGGGUCCGGGAAAUCCAACUUGGUGGAUGCGUUCGGCUUCGUGCUCGGGAUCCAGGCGAAGGACUUGCGGGGAAACUCGCUGAAGGACCUGGUGCACCGGAAGCCAAAUGAGCCCGCAGAUGUGGUUAUGAAAUGCAAAAAUGUCUGGGUCCUCUGGAAGGUUGCAACUUGUGAUGCUGUCCUUGGAUUCUACACAGAAUCUGUAUUGCGUGACCAGCAAAAGAGGUCCAUUUUUUGUUACGCGGAGAGGGUAUUUCUCAUGCUGGACAGGCAUCGCAAAGCCCGCAACAAAUCUGGGAUGCUAGGGCAUGCAUCAGAGACAUCAGGGGUCGUGCUAAAUAUGCAUGACAAACACUUCUUUUUUCCAGACCCAGACAUUUUUACAUUUGAUAGUGGUAGACGGUCGGGAGGGGAGUGUGGAGCUGGAGUUCUGGCUGGAUGGGAAGAAGGAUCGCGGGAUAAAUCCAACUGAUGUAGUUGACCAUCAAGCAGGAUUACUAGGAGACUUCGACGAGGAAAGUGAGUUUGACGAUUCUUCCUCAUCAGAAGGAGACGACUACAACAGCGAGGAUGAAGAGGAGGACUACAAUACUGAUGCUGAUAUGAAAAACCAAAACGAGAACCUCCAGAAGAGUGCAGGGAGGAACAAGGACGGAAAACUGACGAGAAACAAAAAAGCACUAACCACGACUGGCAAGAAGAAAAACCUGAAACGCGGGCGGAACAACAACUUGCAGCUGAACGAUUUAGACCUUGAGGAUGAGGUUUUUGGGGAGGACGAAGAGAACAUCAACGAUCUCGCUAACUUCGACCAAAAGACUCCUGGAGGUGGUCCAUCGAAACGGGGGAACAAAAUGACCAAGCAGGGAAUGAAUCAAUCAAGUACAAAAAAUCGCCGCGCCGGCGCCAGUAGAUCCGGGAAGAAAAACCACAAAAUCCGGCUCACCCGUUCGGAGAAGCUCCACCAAAUGCUGCAGCGAGCCGGGAUCGUGCUUGCGGAAAACAGUUACGCGACGAACUCCUCGUCGUCAAGUGGGGAGUUGGUCCUCGCGGGGUCGAAUCCAGUUGCAGCCGGGCCGGGCGUAGCGGCGGGUAGUUCUUCCUCCUCAUCUUCCUCAGCACCGCAGCCACUUAAUAUGCAGCAGCAGACUACCUCAUCUUCGUCUACUCUCACUCGAUCCUACCACCCCCUCCUGUUCGGGCGCUACAUCAACGGUCGGACGGGGGAUUCAACCUACAAAAUCAACAAAAAGCCGGUCAUAUGAAUUGCAAAAUUAUCGUACUCGUAUAAAUGCAUUACAAGUUUCCUCCGCAUGAGAAAUAAAAUUUGUAAUGCGGAUUUACGAUAAGAAAAAAAUUUGCAAGACUUGCAUUUAUACGAGUGCGAAACUUUUGCACGGGAUAGGUCACGACGGAAUUUUACCAGAAAGUUUUGGAGAAGAUCAAAAUCCUGACGAAGGCGAGAAACUUAUCCUGUGGAAAAACGUCCCCGUUCCACGGUUGUAAUGCAAAUCUGCAUGCUCAGAACGUUGCUCAUGCGCCGGAACACCACGACAAGAAUUUUCUGGCCGUAUUUUGGAAUAAUUUGUAAUGCUCCAAUCAGCGUGAUAGACCAGAUCUGUGAUGCUGCUGAACAAGACGCUAAAAAGGAUCACGCUACGAGGUCAGACUUGGCAUGCGCAACAACCAAAGCUGACUGAUUUGUCUAGCAGAUUUCCCAUCUUGACUAGAGGGCGGGGACCUUUUUGCUCAGGAUAAAGCUUCCUGGUCUUCCAAGGGGACGUCGAAUCCCUGGCCAACCGGCAGGGCAUGGAGCUGACGCGGUUCUUCGAGCGAAUAUGCGGGUCGGACCUGUACCAGAAGGAAUGUGAAGCGCUGGAGAAGGAAAAGAAAAACUCGGAGGAAAAGCUCCGGCUGCUCUUCAGCAAGAAGUAUCCAACAAAAAAGUGUUAACGUUAACGGUUUUCAUAGGUUGCAGAUAUGCAUGACAGGUUUUGCCUAGUAUGCAUGCUAUGCAUGACAAACAUGGGCACGUUUUGUGAUGAUUUACUGCAUCACAAAUUUCGUUAACGUUAACACUUUUGGCUGUGAUAAGAAGCGACAAGUGAUCACGGAGAAGAAACAGGUCGAGUUUCAAAAGCAGGAGGCGGAAAAGUACCGGCAAUUAAACGAGGAAAGAUCGUUGUUGUUGAAAGAAUAUGGAUUGUAAAAAUGUCUGGGUCUGGAAGAAUGCAAGAUUUGUCAUGCAUAGUUCUCAUGACCCAUGAUGCCUGUAAUGUAUGCCCUAGCAUCACAGGUUUUUUGAGGGAUUCUUGAUGCCCAUUCCGCAUGACAAAUGCCCUCUCCGCGUAGCAAAAAUUAGAUUCCUUUUGCUGCUCAUGCAACACAAAUUUUUUAGACAUCGAAACACAGCAUCACAAGUUGCAUUCUUCCAGACCCAGACAUUUUUACAGUUGAUAAAGAAUUUUACCUCUACAGGAUGAACACGAUCGAGGUCUCUCUAAUUAUCCUGUGCAAAAAUAUCGUACUCAUAUUGCAAUCAUGCAUUACAAAUCUUUUUCUUAAGGUAAAUCAGCAUUACAGAUUUCAUUUCUCAUGCUGAGAAAUUUGUAAUGCAUUUAUACGAAUACGAUAGUAUUUUUGCAUCGCAUACUAACCAAGGAAAAGCAAAAGUUUGGAGAGCUGAAAGCCACGAAAAAGGAAGCGGAGAGUGCGUACAAGGAAGAACUGAAAUCCUGCAAACAGAAGGAAGAGCAAGUGAACCAACUAAGCCUGCAGAUUCAAAAGCUGACGAAGACAAGUGCGGGCGUGCCGGCGCACGGCCAUCUUUUCGGAACCACGGGGGCAAACGACCAGGCGAGUGCAGCAGCGUUUUCCGACCUGUUGAUAUCCAUAAAGAAUUUAUUUUUCCCGUACACGGCAUGGAGAUGCGUCGGCUGCAUGUCAAGAAUUUUCAUUUUCAAUCCCCUUCAGUGUGACAAAUGGCAUGCUUCUCUACUAAGUAGUGGGCGAUGUUGUAAAAAAUGCAUUUUGUAGAUGAACGUGGGCGGGAAAUUAUUUGUAUUGCAUAGUUCCUAACCGAGAAUCACAAGAAACUCCGGACGGAGAAAGGGCAACUAGAGCGGCAGCUGCAAGACCGCAAGCAGCAGUUAGAGCAUUGCGAGAAGAAGAAAAACGAGAUCGAAAAGCAGUGCGACCACAAGAAGCAGGAUAUCGGAAGUUUGCAGAAGCAUAUCAACUGCAAAAAUGUCUGGGUCUGGAAAAAUGCAACGUCUGUCAUGCAUGUUUUGCAUGACCCAUGCUUCCUCUGAUGCAUGCUCUAGCAUCACAGAUUUUGUAAAUGCUUCCUGAUGCCCAUACGGCAUGAGAAAUUCCCUCUCCGCGUAGCGAAAACUGGACCACUUUUGCAGUUCAUGCAAUACAGAUUUCAUGUAGAACUAGAAUCCAAAGACAGCAUCACAAGCUGCAAUCUUCCAGACCCAGACACUUUUGCAAUCCAUAAAGCAUCUGGAGAAGGUUCAGCGGAAAAUCGAAAGCUGCAAACUUCCUUUCAAGUCCACGGAGCAAGAACACCGAUACAAACAGGCAGUGAAAUAUGGAGGUGCCAGAAUCGAAAUGACAAAAUCGAAAUAAUUUGUCAUGCAUAAAAUGGAUUCCAGUUCGAACGCAGUUUCUAAGUCGCGCAUGACAAAUUUCGGGAGCACCAAAAUUCAGCCUGUCAUGCUGUUUGUACAAAGAAGACUGCUCCUGUUAUGCUACUCUGGCAGCGCAUUGCAUACCCCUAAACAGGCUUACAAGAAUCGGCCUCAUUUGCCUGCUCCCCAAUACAGGCCGCGCGUGCCCUACAUUUUAAGCAUCACAAGUUUUUCGAUUUUGUCCAUUUCGAUCCUGACACUCCCAUAUGAAAAAUUCGGAGUCUUCCAUCCCGCUAGCCAUGAUUGACGAGCAGCGAGAUAUGGAUUGCAAACAAAAGCUAUCGUAUCUAUUAGUAGAAAUCGCAUGACAAAUUCUCUCAGCAUUGGCAAUUCAAUUUGUAAUGCGGAUUUACCGUUAACAAAAAAAUUUGUAAUGCAUGAGUGCGAUUACUACGAUUAAAUACGAUACUUUUGCAGUGGAUACGAGAUUUGGAGUACCAGCUCUCCUCCGAGCAGCACCACUUGCAGCGCAAGCAAGCCGAUUUGGCGAAUCUAAAAUCUCGGUAUGCAAUACAAAUUUUAUUUCCCGUUGUACAUGUACAAAACAAAAUGCGUCACCAAUCUCAACAACUUCUUUCUUAGAACAAGCAACUUGUCAUGCUGAAGAGGCUUCCAGGAAAAGCAAAACCUUGUCAUGCGGAAAACGCAUUUGUACUUCGUGUGCGGGACGAAGAUAUUUCCUGUCGAUACUCGGCUCACGACAAACGAGAGCCAGAUCGUGCAGUUCGCAGAGCAGGUGGAGUCACAAAUGGAGGUCUUGGAGAACCUGAAAGCAAGCAGUGCGCAGAAGAAAACGGAGCUAUCGGCGGUGAGACAAAAUCUGGAAGAGAAGUGGGCAAAGGAAAAACGCACACUGAAUGAAGAGAAGGUACUAUCAAAUAGACUUGGAAGUGGUGUUGUCUUCUACAACACAUGCUUUUUACUAGUAGUACAUGACUUUUCCAAAAGGUAUAAUCGGUUGAGAACGAACGUGCAGCCACCUGUCUACCAGUGCAUGAUAUUGCAAAAUGUUACAACCACAGCCCACCAACUUCUAAUAGCAGUUCUGGUUGCGGCGCAUGACCACCAAAUAGAGCAUUUUAUUUCCGUUGAAAAAACCUUUAUCAGCGCACCAUUCUCGACGGAGUUCAGUCCGGCACGAUUUCUCAACGGCAACUGGAGCGUGAGCAGCGCCUUUUCAACGUCAGCAAGGAGAUAUGAAAGAGCACAACUCCAACCCGCGGCCCUCCCUCUCAUUUAUAUGGCAAGAACUACUGGACGAGUACUUGCGAUUUCAUACAAGAGAGAUGAGAACGAGGGGGACGAGUUGUGCACUCUCAUAGAACAUGACGCAAACCAUUCCCGGAGUUUUCGGCCGGAUUUGCGACUUGUGCAAGCCUACGAACAAGAAAUACCGGGUUGCCUUGAAUGUGGCGAUUGGCUUUUACCUCGACGCGAUUUUGUGCGAUACCGCCACGACCUGCAAGAAGUGCGUGAUGUUUUUGAAGGCAAAGCACCUCGAGCCCAUGACGUUUAUCCCUCUCCGGAAGGAAGACUUAUGCAUUGCAAAAGUAUCGUACUCUUAUAAAUGCAUUACAAAUUUUCUCGGCAUGAGAAAUUUGUGUUGCUGAUUUACCUUAAGAAAAAGAUUUGUAAUGCAUGAUUGCAGUACGAGUACGAUACUUUUGCACAGGAUAGGACCUGCGGGGCUACAAGGGCGACAACGCCUCGCUGCUCGACCCGCGAAUCAUGCAGGACCCAUAUUGUGAGGAAAAACGUCCCCACCCCAGAGUUGUCAUGCAAAUCUGCUUGCUCAGAACAUCUGUCAUGCGGGCCCGCAUGGCGGGCAUUUUCCACAAACUGUGUAGUUUGGCAAUUUGUCAUGCGGGAAUCGCGAUAAUAGAGCGGAUUUGUGAUGCGUCCGGGCUACCUAGGCAGGACUAUAGUACGUCCCGAAUCUUGUCAUGCACCAGCGCCAAAACUUGUGGAUUUGUCUAGCCGAUUUCCCAUCUUGACUAUAGGGGAUGGACAUUUUUACGCAGGAUGACCCAUUUUUGAAGAAGCACGUCGUCCCCGCGCUGCAAAUUCUCUCCAUCGGAGGGGGAUACAAAGUUGUGCCAGGCGGCAGCAUAUGCUGUGCAAAAGUAUCGUACUCGUAGUAAAUUGCAAUCAUGCAUUACAAAUCCUUUUCGUAAUGUAAAUCCGCAUUACAAAUUUUAUUUCUACUCAUGCUGAGUCAGAGUCUGAGAAAAUUUGUAAUGCAUUUCUACGAGUACGAUACUUUUGCAAUGCAUACAGCAGCUCGUCUGCCCUAGGUCCAAACGGAGCUGGUCGGAGCACGUUCCAGACCGCGUUCAAUUAUUUGCUCUAUCGAACAAGAAAAGUUCGUCACGAUCCCUCAUGCGCAUUCUUGCAAUACAAAACUGUCUGUAAUGCGUGGAAAUGCACAGCAGUCGAAUUUCAUACGCGAUUUCUCUUGUUUCUGCAAUACAAGUAGAAAGCUGCGACGCUAGAAAAUUUGUGAUGCAAAGCCUGCAACGUAGGGGCGAUGUGACGAACUUUUUUCUUUCCAUAUGCUCUCCAACACGAUCAUUGUUGAAAAUUUGGAAGUCGCGCGGAAGGUUGCGUACGAGCAAUUGCCGAAGGUGUUGAAACGCAGGGACCACGGCCUGAAGAUCGUCACGCUGCUAUCCUGAGUAAAAACGUAGCCACACCAGAGUCAAGAUGGAAAAUCUGCUAGACAUAUCGGCCAACUUUGCUUGUUUCGCAUGACAAAUUUGGACGCGUAGUGUAGUGCUGUUUGAGCUAGUUCAGCAGCAUUACAGAUCUAGUCUCUCAUGCUGAUUGGAGCAUGACAAAUUUCAAAACACCAUUAGACAAUGCUUCUCAUGGGGCUCCGCAUGGCAAACAUUUUAAGCAUGCAGAUUUGCAUGACAACUAUGGUGUGGGUACGUUUUCACUCAGGAUAGCUGCAUGGUGAGAUGAUCAAACCGAACGGAAACAUGACGGUGAAUUCCGACGCCACGCAGGAGGGCGGCACGAAGUUUAUCAAAUGCAAAAAUGUCUGGGUCUGGAAGAAUGCCAGACUUGUCAUGCAGGUUUUCCCUGACCCAUGAGGUCUGGUAUGUAGGACUAGCAUGACAGAUUCUGUGUUAGCUCUAUCAUGCCUAUCCUGCAUGAGACACUGCCUCUCGAUUAGGUCAAAAGUGGGCAGCUUCUGGCAAUCAUGCAACACAGAUUUUUACAUGAUUCAGAUUUAGCAUGACAAGUUGCUUUGUUCCAGACCCAGACACUUUUGCAUUUGAUAAAGUUUGACAUCCAGCAACUCCAACACGCUUCUUCCCGGCUGGAGCAGAUCGACAAAAACGUUUUACAAAUCGUCAAUUUGGAAUUGGUAUGCUCUGCAAAUGUAUCGUAUUCGUAGUUGUAAUUGCAGUCAUGCAGUGCAAAUCCCUCUCUUAGGGAAGACCCGCAUUACGACAAGCUCCAUUUUUCAUGCUAGGACUUUAUUUCUGUCUUUGCCUCAGCCGUUCUGCUUCUGCCGCCUAGGAAUCGCUCCUCCCCCGUGGGCCGGCGGUUUUUUUGGUUUUUGCGGCCAUUUUUCAAACAGUUGACGCUGGCCAAUUUUCGCAAAUUGCAAGUUUUUUUUCAUUUGCCUCUGCCGUUCUGCCGCCUUGGAAUCGCUCCUCACCGGUGGGCCGGCGUUUUUUUCGAUUUUUGCGGUCAUUUUUCAAACAACAGACGCUGGCUAAUUUGCGAAAAUUGCAAGUUUUUUUUCAUUUGCCUCUGCCGGUCUGCCGCCUUGGAAUCGCUCCUCACCCGUGGGCCGGCGGUUUUUUCGGUUUUUGCGGUUAUUUCUUAAACAGCAGACGCUGGCCAAUUUUCAAAAGUUGCGCGAUUUUUUGUUUUUGUCUCAGCCGUUCUGCCGCCUAGGAAUCGCUCCUCACCCGUGGGGAGCAGGCGGCUUUUUGGAUUUUUGCGCUCAUUUUGCAAGCAGCACCAGAACAAGUUGGGGCGAUAUUUUUUCGAGCUUAAAGUAGUAGACUUGCAUUGCCUACUACUACCUAGUACGAUACUUGUGCAAUGCAUAAUCUGCCGGACAACGGGAGAAAACAGCACUGGAAUCGGAUUUGCAGAGGCUGCAGAACCGCAUAACCGAGCAGACGAUGCGGUUGAACCGCUCGGAGGAAGAUCUGAAACGAAAGAAAAAAGAAAGGGAUUCCGUCUUGCGGCCGCAGCUGGACAAGUGCGAGAAAGAGAAGAAAGAAAAGGAAACUGACAUCAAAGAAAACGAGACGAAACAGGUGAAGAUCGAGAAAGAAAUCCAGGGCAUCGUGGGGUCGUUCUUCAAAGAGCUGAACGACGAAAUUUUUGUCGACGACGGCGAAAUAAUUGGAGGUGACGGCGAUUAUUUAUUCGGAUUACAGGUUCACAGUCCAAACCCAAACGAGGAUCAGGACGUGGAAAUGGUACCCGUCGAAGAGCUAGACAAGGAGAACAUUCCCCCGCCCGGAGCAGCAUCAAGCAAAAACACCCAGCACGGUCGUGGUGGUGCAUCAUCUUCUUCUUCAAAAAAUUCAAAUCCGCCGUCCCCGAUAAGAGACAUACGUGCACUGGAUUUGCAGCAGAAACGGGCGCGGGAAAAGCUGCGUAUGGAGGAGACGAGGCUGCAAUAUUCCGUGAAAAUCAACCAUCCCCAUCCAUUUUCUACAUCACAAACACAGAACUGACUACGUGUUUUGCAUGACAAAUUGGAUGGGGAUGGUUAAUUUUCAGGCAAUAUGCAAACCGACAUUGAGAACCUGGAAUCGCAGCUGGAGUUGCUCCAGGCAAGCGUGAGUGACGGCAACAAUAAAGGGAGCACUAAUGCUAUCACGAGAAAAAAGUGUUACUUACAGUUACACAUUUGUUGGAGUAUCUGCAUCACAAAUUUUCUCUGUGUGGCAGAGAAAACUUGCAAUGCAAAGAUCAUAAGGGAAAACACGAAGGAAACGAGUCUCCAAAGCAUUUCCUGCAUGACAAAGGUUGUCUGUGUUGCCGGUCGUGCAACACAAUGUGUAACUGUAACACUUUUUUCUUUGCAUAAAUGCAAAUGCCAGGAUGAACUCCAGCUCUGUCAUUUCCCGCGGCAUGGCAAACUUCGGCGGAGGUCGGUAUUCCGCGAAUUCUUUGAAACAGCAGCAAAAUGUGAUCGUGGAAGAGGAUACGCAUGGUAAAUAAAGCAUCGUACUAAGCAGUUAUAUGCAUUAGAUUACAACUUUUCACAGGAGAAGGAAUGGAGGUUGUCAUGCUCAAGAAGGGUAGGAGCAGAUACCUGCCAUGCAUGAUUGAGAUUGCAAAAACUUCUACUAGCAAAACAGAAAUCAGUACGAUGCUUUUGGAGAGGAUAGAAAAGGAGAAACUCCAAAAACUGACCGCCGAACUGGAAAAGUUGGACAAGGAGCACGAUGAAUUUUGCCAGAAAAAGGAAACGGCGAAAGCCAAAAUUGGCGAGCUGAAAGAGGAAAAGACUAACAAAGAGCAGGAGUUUAUCGCCAGAGAACGAACUACGCCCAUCCUCAUCCAAUGAAUUAUUUGUCACGCAAAAUACAACAUGAACGUCUACAGCCUGCGCUUGUAGUCACCUGUCUUCUACUAUCAAAUCACGCAAAAGAUGUAUUGGGAAGAUGGAUAUUUUUUUUCUCUGGAUAGAGCUGACCGAGCAGAAGAGACAGUUGAUAGAAAAGCGAAAAGCCAGCGCAGAAGCGGGGAAGAAGCUAGACGGUUGCAAGGGCAAAGUGGAAUCGCUGCAAGGUAUUAGUUGACUCUGUGUCCUCGUCUGCUGUAGUGGUCUCAGAGCUUUUUUACAAUAGCAGAUGUGUUGUUGGUAUAAGGUUAUCUCAAUUUCUAUUUCUGUGGCUGAUUUUGCCAUCUAGUAUGUAGUGUUUUAUUUCUACUGGCCCUAUAAUCUUCACUGUCUAUCAGGUUGGCGCAGCGAUUUGUGGCGUCACGCGCUAAUGGACGCGGUGCAAAUUCCGGUGUUGCAGAUAGUUGGUACGACCGGUGGCCAACAUGUUGCAGGUCCUGCUAUAAUCGGAGGUCAAAAUCCAAAUCCAAAUCCGCAGCAGAAGCACAAGAAAAAGCAAAACAAAAAGAACCUCCUUCUGCCGCCGGAGUCCUCGGAAGAGGACCAGCAGCAGCAGCAGAACAGCAUUUCGCUUUCCGCGAAACAGGUCGAGGCGAUUGUUUUGGAGCUGAAUGACAACAAUCUAACCUCGUCCGGCGGCGCACAACAGAACGGGCGGGCUGGUCCUGGAGCCAGCAGUAUCCUGAGUAAAAAUGUCCCCACACCAGAGUCAAGAUGGGAAAUCCGCUAGACAAAUCCAUAAGCUUUGGCCGUUUCGCAUGACAAAUUUGGACGCGUAGUGUAGUGCUGUUUGAGCUAGCUAAGCAGCAUUACAGAUCUAGCGUCUCAUGCUGAUUGGCGCAUUACAGAUUUACAAACCGCAUUAGAAAAUGAGUCUCAUGGGGCUCCGUAUGAGAAACAUUUUAAGCAUGCAGAGUUGCAUGACAACUAUGGUGUGGGGACGUUUUUACACAGGAUAAGCAGUUCUUCGUCAUCCUCCAGUGCGGCUGCAGGAGGAAGUAGCAGUUCUUCUAGACCAGCAGUACAGCAAAACUUCCCACAAAUCCAGUCGUCCGCCGGGUCCACGAAAAAUCUUACCGUCAACGACCUGGAAAUCGAUUUUCAGGCGCUUCCCGACGACCGGAAGAAUCUUACCGACCUUGACACCAUCCGCGAACAGACCGCCGAGUACGAGCAAGAGUUAGAAAAAAUCAAGCAGGAGCUCGACGGUUUAUGAGAGUGCAGAACUCGUCCCCCUCCCCCUCAUUUGUCAUGCAAAACCUCAAACCACAAUUGCUUCGCUCCCCGUUCCCUGUGGCACUGUUUGCAUGAGAGAUUCCGGAAGCCCAAACAGUACUACACUAGGCGCAUGAAUUUGUCAUGCACAGGCACCACGUAUGCUGGUGCUUGUAUUGCUGUUCAUGCAAAAUGCAAUACAAAUGAGGGGGAGGGGGAGUUGUGCACUCUCAUACGGUUUGCGGCCGAACCUGAAGGCGGCGCAGCGGGCGAAUGAGGUGGAGCUGGAUGUCAAGGAAAAGACGAAGCAAGCCGAGGAAAUGCGGACAAGGACGGCGCAGUUGGAAGGUCGGAUCACCCAGCUGAAAGAAAAGCGAAAGCAGUGCUUCGUAAAGUGCUUCGAAAACGUGUGUUUGAGUAUCAACGACAUCUAUGCGGACCUAUUCCCUGAAAAUUAACCUUCCCCAUCCACUCUCUGCAUGACAAACACUGAAUUUACUACAUGUUUUGCAUGACAAAUUGGAUGGGGAUGGAUAAUUUUCAGGGGAUAGGACCUGACGGCAACGUACGAGGAAGAGGAUGUAGAUCAACAUGUGAAUUGCAAAAGUAACGUACUAGUAUAAAUUGCAAUACAAAUUGGCUCAGCAUUACAAAUUGAAUUUGUAAUGCGGAUUUGCCCUGGGAACUAGAUUUGUAAUGCAUAAAUGCAAUUAGUACGAGUACGAUACUUUUGCACAGGAUACAACAUGCUGAUGAACAAAUGGAUCCUGACGAUAAAGCUGCAAACCGAUCCGGCUUGCUGCAAGACAGAAAAUCAUUGUCGCACCAACGCCAGUUUUCCAAAAAGCGCACCCGCAACCAAAUUAUCGACGAAGGCGGCAGGGCAUUUUUGGACUUGGAAAACCCGGAGUGGGUAUGCAGUGCAAAUAGGCAGGCUCGUCCUGGGUCUGGAUCUGAUGUGAUGCAAGAUUUGCAUGUCGAUGUCGUCGUUAAGAUCUGAACUUGUGACGCGUUCCUGUAGCCUACAAAACACGUCCAUCUCAUGCAAGACCGACGCAGCAUGACAAGCACAAGUAGUCGUUGAUGCGUUAUUUCUCCAGACCUGGGUGGGCACACAUGUUUGCAGUUGAUAGUGGCCGUUUGAGGGCGGCAUCAAGUACACCACCAUGGCGCCGUCGAAGCGGUUUCGCGACAUGUCCUUGCUCUCGGGCGGGGAAAAAACGCUGGCGGCCCUGGCGCUGCUCUUCGCGGUGCAUUCCUACCAAAAACCUCCGUUCCUGAUUCUGGACGAAGUCGACGCCGCACUCGACGCUUACAAUGUGCAGUCGGUGCGGCGCUUCUUGGCGAAAACCUCGACUUCCUCCUCAAAAGCUCCAUCUUCACAUCAAAUCGGGAAAAACAACAACAGCCAGAUCAUCGUGAUUUCCCUGAAGGACAAGUUUUUCUCCAAGAGCGAGGGUCUUGUGGGCGUGUACAAAGAUAAGCUGAAUGACUGCAGCGGUGUGCUGACGCUGGAUUUGCGAAAGUACAGCAGUAACAAGCCGAGGCAGCUGCCGCCAGCGAACAACGAGGACGCCGGUUUAUUUACUUCGUCAGCAGGAGCAGGAGGUCGUGCAGCGGGUGCUUCUGCUUUUCUAGGCGGUGCUGGCCGCACUUACAGCGAGAAAGAACGACCGUCAUUUGCCUCGUCUGCUCGAGGUGGACUGCUCGCCGACAAGAAACUGGAUCAACGAGGAGGACCUGGGCGUGCUGCGGCAUUCAAAGGUCAACAGCCGCCGGUCGGUGGCUCUGCCGGAGAGUCGGAAGUGGAAGCCUCAGGGGAAGCAGGCGCCAGCAACGACGUCGGGAGAACCUACACGAAUGAUAAGAUGGAGGUGGACUAGUCGGAGCACUUACGCUUGUUCCAAGUGUUGAAUCUCUGCGUGCCUGGUGUGAGUGCAACCGGAUAUUAGACGGAGAGCACUGGUAUUCCUGCUCCCGAUGCACGCGAGGGCAGCUUCAGCUUUUUAUCGGUUCGCGAACUUGAUUUUUUUGCUCCACCAUUGGAGCCUAAGACUUCGAUAACGAGUAUAAAAUUGAACUUCAACACAUUCGAAAAAUCAUACAGAAUUUAUUUUGCUCUCUUGUUUCCUUUGCGAAGGCUCGUCGAUUGUCGUUUGAAAAUGAUCUUCUUCCGACGGGUCUCGUGACACGACCACGACGACCCUGGUAUCUACUUUGCCGCUUGUUUUUAAGAAUACAGUUUUCAACUACUUGAUAGUCGCUCUCUAGUAACCGACUAGUUUGGUGCUGAAGAAAGGUCGUGUGGGCGGUCCAGUUCAUCUUUAUGCUACGAAGAUUUCCGAACUACUACGACCUCUUUCGCAUCCACCCUCAAAACGGAAUAUGUCCGUGCCUAGAUGAAUGAUCUCUAACUCUUAAGAAUUUGAUCUCGCAUUCAAUCCACUUUCUGGAAACCGCACCGGCUGAACGAGCCAGAAAUUCCAACGAAAUGCGUUUACUUUUUUGGCGAUGAACUUGAUUCCGCCCUUGAACUUAUACAGGAGUGCUCGAGUUAAUCUAGAGCAUUCUUUCAAAGAUCGCAGAAAUAAAAAAAAACGCCAGCUACAUGAAGUGCCAGCUGACAACAACGACCCAGCAGGAGAU